GAUCGGCAGUUGGCUUUCUUGAGAACACGUUUUCUGCCGCCGAAAUUAUUUUCCACUUCAAAACGUCAAUUUUUGUUUCUGAAGAUUUAAUUACUUUAACAGAAUCUAGCAGAAUAUUUGGGAAGGACUGAAAUGGGAGCAAUGUUAAAAAUCACACAAGGUGACACUUUUCAAAGCUGGCCUUUUGGAGUCCACAGCCAAUGAUUCAACUCAGCUGAUCGACAUGACCUCCGAUAAUGUCUGGUUCAAAUAUUUGUUAUUUUGUACCAAGGCGAUGGCGCGUUGCCGUUUUUGCCGUUGUGCUGUUGAUGUUUGCCUAUCUUCUCCUUGAACCGAUGAUCAAAUCAAAUUUGCCGAUUGAUGUCGGAUGUGAAUACGAAAUAAAAGACGUGAUUGUAACGCCAGAAUCACUCGGAGUAGGCCAUUGCCCUGUCUGUUUUGGUCGCAAUGAAUCUAUCUGUGAAGGUGUUAUACACAAUACUGUACGGUUACGCCGUAAAAAGAGGGCUUCAUUGGGAGAUAAGUGGAAACCAAAAGCUCUUGGUAUAUUGAAUAAAGACAGAAUUUCGAUCAAGCAUUUAGGAAAUAUCAGCGAGUUCCACAAGCUUGAUAAUGAAUUGUGUAGCAUGGUGGGAACGGUAAAUGCUCCAUGCGAAAAUGAUGUAGUUCGGAAACCGUUCCUUAAUCUUUCAUCAAUAGAGAGUGUAAUGAAGGAAACCAUGUACUGUCCAUCAGAGAGAUUCAUCUCCAAAGUUAAAAAUAUUUAUAUAGGAGAGAAAUUUCAAAAGAGCCAAACCAGUCUUAGAACUUUGCAUCUUACUUCCACACUUUAUGUGAACCAGGAACCCAUAAUUUUUCAGGUUUUUCCUUCUGAAAAGGGCUGGCCUUUCCCCAAAUUCUAUGGAGCUUGUGGCAGAGUGAUUAUAGUUGAGGAUGCAGGACUUCCUCUUGAUUAUUUUUUGUCAUAUCCCUGGAUAGAGAGAGCAAAGCUGGCCCUUGCAGUAAUCAAGAUUGCAAAGCAGCUGUCAAAUAAUCCAGAAGAUUGGGGAUUGUAUAUGACAGAGAUAGCACUAGAUAAUUUUGCCGUAUCAAAUGGAACAGUGAAACUUGAAGAUGCAGAUGGAAUUUUAGUGGCUGAUCUAUCAGGUUCAGGUAUCAAAGCCGAAAGAGAAAAGACUGUGGAUGUUUGUGACUGGGAAGAGACAAAUUGCUUGUCCUCACACCCGGCUGAGCUCUGCAGAGGAGUCAUACGAGAUCAAAAUUAUUAUGCAGUUUGCCGCAGUGUGUUAUCAGAUAUAGGAAGUGGAAAAGGACUGUUACACUCCCCUCCUGAAGAAGGGGAUUUUAACAAUUUGCUCCAGGAGGCACUGACAGAAUGUGUUACAGCACAAACAUUAAAACGAAAAGAAGCUCUUGAUCUGGUCGUGAGUUUACUUCAGAAGCAAAUUGACACAUGAUAAAAUGCUUAAGCAUGAUGUUCAUAGUAAACAGGUAGCUGCAAUAAUUUAACUUCUUAUCCUUUCCAAACUCAAUUGUUAUUGUGCCUUUUAAUUAACAGGAGACCUGUUAAUUGACCUUUCCUUUGUGGAAUUGUUAGGAUGUAAGUGCGAUAUUUCACAGGGCUCCCAGCAUUCUAAGACCACUUUCCUUGUGCUGAGUGGCAAUUUUGUUUGUCUCUGCUUUCAAAUGUCAGAAACAUUUAUUUAACCCUUUAACUGCCAAGAGUGACUAGCAUCUAAUUUCUCCUUAAAAGCUCAACCAUGAAUUACACAUUAAGGUAAAAAGAUUAAAGGAAAUUAUCACUAACUAAAGAAACUCUUGAAUGUUAGGUAAAUUCUCCUUGUCAGCACCUUAGGAAAUGUAUAGAGAACAGUAGGGAGAAUAUGAAUACUGAUGUAAGGUUGUAAAGGGUUUGUGGUUGCUGGGUGGUAGACACUUUUGUGAUGAGUACAUCCUGAAACCAAAACUAACUGACCUACCACUGACAGUGAUUCAGAACAAUUUUCAACUUCACAUGGAGCCAAUGGAAAACUCAUAGGAAAGGCAUGUUAACUAUGUAAAGGAGCAAAGAAUAUCAAAGUACCAGUGCAAAAUUAUCAUUUUCAACACUUAAUCUACCUGCAGUGCAGCUCAAAGAUAAGGGGACCAAAAUGUGCCCACUUAGAACUAG